CAUAAAUUAUUCCGCUACGCAAUAAAAUACAUAUGCUGCUCUCUAGCGAUGAACCGGUAAAACUAAAGUUGGUAAACAAUAAACAAACAUGAUUUGGUGUUUUUCCUGCAAAUAAAAUUAAAAGAUUGUUUUAAUUGCUUGUGUGUCUAAUUAAAAAUUUUUAGAAUGCUGUACCAUGGAUGUUUCCAAUUUCCGAGUACCUAAUAUACCCCCAACAAUUUACUACAUUCCAAAUUUCAUAACACAGGAAGAAGAGGAAUAUAUUAUAAAAAAUGUAUAUUCUGUGCCCAAACCAAAGUGGACCUGUCUCACAAAUCGAAGAUUGCAGGAUUAUGGGGGAGUUCCGCAUGAAAAAGGAAUGAUUCCGGAGAAAAUCCCCUCUUGGCUUCAACAGUAUGUCGACAAGGUAUCCCAUCUUAACAUAUUUGAAGGCAGGAAACCUAACCACGUUUUAGUCAAUGAGUAUUUGCCUGGUCAAGGAAUUAUGCCACAUACUGAUGGACCCCUUUUUUAUCCUACAGUUACCACCAUAAGCUGUGGAUCACAUACAAUUUUAGAAUUUUUAGAAAACAAUGAAAAGAGAGAAAAAAUUUGUGAUAUUUUGUUAGAGAGGUGUAGUUUAGUCAUUGUUAAAGAUGAUAUGUAUAAGAAUUAUUUACAUUCCAUAAGAGAGGUUGAAAUUGACAGUGUUGGUGGCUGUGCGAAUUUAGAUAAUUGCAUGUCUAAAUAUCCUAUUAAUGAAAAAUUGAAAAGGGAAACUCGGAUAUCAUUAACUAUAAGAAAUGUACCAAAAGUAUUGAAAAUAAAACUAUUUUAACUCAUAA